ACUUGUAUCCCUUUCGGUCAAGCUCAGGUUAAACCAGUAAUCGUCAAGAUAUUAACAAAGUACAAUGCGUUUCUAGAGAUCAUAAACAUAGUUAAAUCUAAAGUGCAUAAUGCAGAAAUGUGACAUGGUGGUUGUUCUGGUUUAUCUAUCAUUUGGUAUCGGUGCUUUAGAAGUGACAGGUUCUUCCCUUGUGGACUUAUUCCAGACUCGCCAUCGUCGACAAAACCAAGAAGAAGGAUGUGUCCUUCCUUAUUAUCCGGAGCACGGGCAGUGGAAACUUCUGAACGGUGAAGCCAAACCUGGGGAUAAAAUAAAGCAAAGCAGUGCUAUAAAGUUCGAGUGCGACUCUGGAUACAGAUUGUCUUCUGAAUAUGCAUAUCGCGUCUGCGAUGAAAACUGGGUUAACAUGCGAUUUCCUGAAUGUGAUAAAUUGUGUCCUCCAUUGUACCCUUCAACCACGUUCGAAUUACAAUGCAAAAACAAAAGAGGAAAGGAAGUCAAAUGUAGCGAAGCUACUGAUGGAACGUACGUGGAGUACACCUGCGCAUCUUCCUACGAAACUCCAUUUGGUUACAAGAAGGCACUCCUUUGCACGGAAGGAAAAUGGAACCAAAGACCCGUGUGCCAUCCAGUUUGUGGGAAAAAAUUAAUCAAUGGUGCAAAACCUCUGAUUAUUGGGUCUGCGCCCAGUAAGAAACUAGAAUAUCCAUGGGUUACAGCACUUUACCGGAAAGACAACAAUUCUUACAGCUAUAUUUGCGGAGGAUCUAUUUUAAGCUUGACUGUGAUUGUAACAGCUGCCCAUUGUGUAACAAACGAAUUUGGAAACACUCUGCCUGUAGAACUUUAUCUUAUCGGUGUUGGAAAAUUGUAUAGCGAAUAUAAAGCUUCUAAUGACACACGUGCUCAGUAUUUAGAGCUUUUCAAGAUAAUUGUCCAUGAAGACUAUAAAGGCGACAAUAGGCGCUUCUUGGCAGACAUAGCGGUCUUAGUUGUGAAAGGAGAAAUUGUUCUGACUGAAGUAGUACAACCAGUUUGUUUUAACAAUAUGAAGAGCAUUUAUUUACAUCCAGGAAGCAUAGGAGAGGUAUCUGGAUGGGGAAGGACAGAGGAUGAUGAUACAUCAGAAAUUUUGCGAACGCUGAAGAUUCCCUAUAAAGACGAUGCCACCUGUGCUGAGGAGCUGCCUAAAGAAUGGGUGAAUAAGUAUAGCAUCGUAGACAAACUGUGUGCCGGUUUGUUCAACAAAAGCACAAGUGUAUGUGACGGCGACAGCGGGAACGGUUUAGCCUUCUUGAAUGCGGAAGACAACAGGUACUACAUCCAUGGCAUUGUCAGUUUGGGACCUCUAAGAGAUGGCCAUUGUGACAUCCAACAAAAUUCCCUUUAUACCAAAGUAGCUUUCCACUAUGAAUUUGUCGACCGUCUUCUGAAUGCGUAUGCGCCGACAGUUAAAGAUUGCGUACUACCAGCUCAUCCUAAAAACGGCAAAUGGACAACUGAGAAACAGGACAUGAAGCCAGGAGAUGCUGUUCCAUCGAGCACUGUCCUGAAAUUAGAAUGUAACAAGGGAUUCUUAUUAUCAUCAGUCUCAACCAAUAUUAACUGUGGUUCCGCUCACGAUAUGCCAGUUUGUCAAUCACUGUGUCCGGAACUGAAAUUUCAAAAUGGAUCUAAUUAUCGAUGCACCAACAAAAAAGGGCAGACUAUUGACUGUGCAGAAGCUGUCGAUGGAUCUAAGUUGUGGUACGAUUGCCCUAGAGGAUACAAACCUGCUGAGGGUACUAAUAAUAGUACUUGCAUAAAUGGAUCUUGGGGAUUGCUUCAGCCGGAAUGCUUGCGACCCAUCAAAACUUGCGGUAAAAAAGUCAUUACCAAUUCCAAUGCACUGACGUCUGAUGGGAAAGCGGAGGAGGGACUGGAACACCCCUGGAAUGUUAAUAUUUAUGAGAAACAAAACAAUUCUCCUUUGAAAGAUUAUACGUUCGUUUGUGGAGGGUCAUUAAUAUCACAAAAAGUUGUUUUAACAGCUGGUGCCUGUAUAUCAGAUCAUAGAGGAGAAGUAAAAGAAAAGGAAGAUUAUUUGAUUGGAGCUGGGGUGACUUACACCAAAUAUAAUCAUCCCAAAGAUGUUCACGCUCAAUACUCCGAACUGACCCACAUCAUCCUUCAUCAGCGUUACAAAGGAGAAAGCAGGCGUUAUUUAGCUGACAUCGCCGUGCUCGUAGCAAAGAAACCAUUUACCUUUAACAGUUUUGUGCAACCAGUAUGCUUUACUGAUGUGGAUAGUAUCCUAUUACGACGUGGAAACGUAGGAGUGGUACUGAAAUAUAAGGAUGAAGAGAAACAAGAAGCACUUGAAAUUCCAUACAAGGAGGACGAAGUCUGCAGUAGGGAAUUGCCAGCGGAUUUUGCUGACAGGUACUACGUUCUCGAUAAAAUAUGUGCCGGUUAUGCCAACCGAAGUAGUUUGUGUCGUGGGGACAGUGGCAAAGGCUAUUUUGUCAAAAAUCCUGAAGAUAAUAGGUAUUACGUCUAUGGAAUUGUCAGCAUAAGCCCUGUUGUAGAAGACAAAUGCCACAAUGACGUUUUAUACACCAGCGUGCGUUUCUACUAUGAUUUCAUAGAUGAUAUACUGUCUCGUUACAAGUAGUGUUCAGUGCAGAAAUAUUAAUUGUUUUUAUCAACUCGAUAACAUAUUUCUUUAUGUUUGUUUAGUUGGCACUGUUUUAGUUAGUAUAUUAUUUUAAUUCAAGUAAUUUUCUAGAAGGGACAUAUCAUUAUAAUAUGUAUUGUUGCAGUUUUAAAUAUAAUCCUUAAUUUUAUUUUUA